AGCGAAAAACAAACGAUGCGUGAUGAUAAGAACCAGUCUGUUAUUGUUUAUUUCUGAAUAAUUUAUCAGAGUGGGUAAUUACGAGGAAAAAUCUGUUAUAUACCCGUAUAUAAGAAUUACAAAUUAGUUUUAAAGGUUGUUUUGCAGUGUUGAGUGUUGGUAGUUGCGUCAAGAUGAUUUGUGUACGUAUGGAAUAUAUUUUGAUCGCUGUAGCAGUUUUCGCAGCUGCUGUGGCAUCUGGAAUUGAAUCGAACUUUUAUUAUGACGAAUCGUGUUCUAAGGCGGAAGGAAAUUGCGUUUUAGAAAAGGAAUGUCCUCAUCCAGUGGACAACCAUUACAAAAGUUUGUGUCCUGGACAAAAAGAUGCCGUUUGUUGUAAACACUUUCCGCGAGAAAAGUUAAACUGUUUCCAGUUGCACAACGAAUGCCAAGAAUCGUGUCCAGAACAGCUAGAUCUUGGAAGGAAGGGCUGUCAGAAAGGAACAUGUUGUGUUUUGAUAUAAUGAAGAAAUAAUGUACUAUAAUAUUAAUGUGUACAGCCGUAGGCAAAAAAGUCUUCGACCUGCUGCUUUUAAAAGGAUUUCUAUAAAGAGGGGAGCUUGCGUGGAAAACUUUUUAUUAUCCGCGGCUGCAUCCAGGUUUAAAAAAUAAAAUACCUAUUCCAAACAA